AUGAAUCACAAUAAAGAUCUUCCUCAUCAAAACAAGCUGAAGCUAAAGCCAAAGCCGAAGGCUGUGAUCGUAGGAGGGAGCAUAGCAGGAGUGUCAUGCGCGCACGCGCUCAUCCUGGCCGGGUGGGACAUCGUGGUCAUAGAGAAAUCGCGCAAGCCUCCGAAAGGAAGCCCCGCUGGUGCAGGACUCGCGUUGGAUCUGCUUUCUCAGGAGCUCAUUGGGGCCUGGACUGGACGCCCUGAACUCCUCCAUGAAAUCACCUCCCCUCUCACCAUUGAUCUUAACCAAGCAAUCAAUGAUGAGAAAACCAGGAAGACACUAGCAAGAGAGGAGAAUUUCAAUCAUAGAGCAGCACAUUGGGCUAAUCUGCAUGACCACCUGUUCUCUGCAUUGCCACCAGAAAUAUUCCUAUGGGGCCAUCUUUUCCUCUCUUUCUCUGUUUCCAAUGAUAAGCAAUCGGUCAAAAUCAAGGCUCAAGUUCUCGACACCAAAGAGACUGCUGAAAUAGAAGGAGAUUUGCUUGUUGCGGCGGAUGGAUGCGCCUCUCCGAUUCGCAAUCACUAUUUUCCCGACGUCAAACUAAGGUAUUCGGGCUACUGUGCUUGGAGAGGGGUUUUUGAUUUUUCGGGGAUUGAAGAUUCUAAAACUAUCAAGAACGUGAGGGAGGCACAUCCGGAGCUCGGGAAAUGCUUGUACUUCGACUUGGCACCCGGACAUCAUAACAUUCUUUUCGAGAUCCCAAACAAAAGGCUGAACUGGAUAUGGUUUUUAAAUCAACCUGAACCUCGCUUGAAGGGGAAUUCAGUUACUAUGAAAGUAAGUGAUGGUAUGAUUCAGAAGAUGUACCAAGAUGCAGAGAAAAUUUGGCAUCCGACGUUGAUUCAGGUCAUGAGAGAAACUAAAGAACCUUUCGUCAAUGCCAUUUACGACUGUGAUCCCCUAGAACAAAUUGUCUGGGACAACGUGGUACUUGUCGGCGACGCGGCACACCCCACAACACCACACUGCGCGAGAAGCACAAACAUGUCUAUUCUGGACGCUGCGGUCCUAGGCCGGUGCUUGGAGAAGUGGGGGUCGGAAAAUCUAAUAGCUGCUCUCAAGGAAUACCAAUCCAUUAGGCUACCUGUAGCAUCCAAGCAAGUCUUGCAUGCCCGGCAAGUCGGGAGGAUAAAACAAGGCCUUACGCUUCCUGACUGUAGACCUUUCAAUCCUAACACAGCCAAUUGGGAGGAAUGUGAGAUGCUUCAGCUGAGAAGCGUGCCCUUCUUCGGACAUAACCCUUUGCUUGGAUAGAGCUGAUGAAGCGACUUUUUAUCGCCGGCAAAUGCUGAUCAUCUCGUGUUUGCUGCCAUUCUGGGCAUGUCGAUGUGGAUUUCAGACAUGUCACAAAUUAUUGUAAGCUCUAGCUGGAUAGAGCAAGAGAUGCAUCUUCUUAAGUAUAUGACUUAAUCCAGGAUCAUUACCGUUGGUGACAUUCACCUUAGGUUUGUGUUAAGUGGGUUAAAGACCACUUCAUCUACUGAAGCACUUGGAUUAGGCCAACUGAUGUUAUGUAGUGUACCCGUGUCUUGUUACAGUGGCGAUAGUCCUCGCAACAGCAGCACAAAACUUGUUACUCACCUGCACAAAUUAGUCAACCUAAUCUAUGAAUAAGAGAACAUUCCUGAUCCAUCAGUGUGUGCCAAAGCUAGCCAUGCGUGCAUUCACAUAUCAAGAAAUAG